AUGUCGGCUCAGGAAUUAGGGGAUAUAUUGGCACAGUACGUGAGGGAUAGGCAACUAUACGGAAAUGAUGACGCAUAUCAGGCCAGUUUAGACAAGGACAUAGGGGACAUGCUCGGAGAGUUUAUUCAACAUAUGGAAACGAUGGAGUCACUUAUGGAAGAAAUGGGUACAAACUGUAAUAAUUAUGGUUGGCAACAUUGGGAAGAUCAAGCUGCCUUGCGGCCCCGCGUAGGACACACGGUGGGUGACAGAAUUACAUGUAAAUUUAUGACAACAGCAAUAUUAUUCAUGCGCAAAGGCAGUCUAAGUACGCUCAAGGAUGAGGGUGCGACAGAGAAUAAUAAGAAGAUAAGGCAAUACAUUCGGUGUGCUAUAGUAAACAUGUUCGCGACCAUAUUAACAGAGUCAGCAUGCGGCGGGCAGUGGGGUAUUUAUUAUGCAUGGUACUCGGUGGAUAAAAUGAUGGACGAGGGAGGCAUGCGGCACUUAAUUACCGCGGACCAUUGUCAAAUGGGAGUAACUGAAGAUAUAAGAAGAGGACAGUGGAAAAUGAGUGACAAAAUUAAGAACUGGUUAAGAGCCCAUGAAGCUUUAAUGACAAAAAUAAAAGGGACGACCAUGAGUGACAGUUGUAAUAAGAGUGCGCAAGGGAGCACUAAAGGAAAAGAUGGCAGGAGCCAGGGCGAGGGCGCGAGUACCGUAAGAGAAGGGGAGGAAAGUGCACUCAACAAAUUGAAAGAAGGGAUGAAGAGUAUAUUGCAACGGGCGCAGGAAGAAGUUGUGCAGAGCGCGAACCGUAGUACGCCCCCAGUUAAGGAUGUUCAGCGCAUUGCACCCAUGACUGAACCGGCAGCACCCAAACUACAAGAGCAUCCUAUAUCGUCCACCACCACGCAGGAAACACCAGUACCGACAGUGGAGGUGUGCGGCAGCCACGACGGUAGCGACGAGCGUACCGUUCGCAGCGUUGGCCACUGUGUAGACGAGCGUACCGUGCAGCGGCGCGGUGACGAGUGUGGAGGGUUUACGGAAUUUAUGGAUACAAGGGGAUUAUAUGUGGAUAGUGUAUUACAGAAAAGUUGA